AUGACUGAGGAUAAUGAAAGUGAAGAGACAUGCAGUCUCUCUUCUCAAAUUGUGGAUGUACAACCAUCACCACAUCAAAACAUCGAAGGCUGUUAUAGUCUUGAUGUGGAUGUGCUGGAUGGUGUAUGCAUUGGGGAACAAUGUGAAGAAGCAGCAGCACCAGCAACAACAACAGCAUCACCACCACCACCACCACCACCACCACCACCACCACCACCACCACCUACCCAUGCCACUCAAAGCAGGGAUGGAAGAAGAAAGAGGCCUGGUGAUGGGUACAUGAGUGCUGUUGAGGUAAUAGCCAAUAAAAUAUGUGCCACCCAAGGCCGCCAACAACCCUCGGCAGAACUAACAAUGGACAGCUGCAUGAUAUUCAUUGGUAACCUUGCAAAAGAAAUCAAGAGCAAUGAAAUCAGAAUGCAGUUAAUAAGAGAUCUUGUCAAUGUAACAACGGAAGCAAAACUAAAAGAUCUACAGAUACAAAUGCAGAACUCGAGUGAAAGUGAAAUUGUGUAA